CCCGGGGCCGCCGGCGCCCCCCGGCCCAGCGAGGAGCUGCCGUCGAGGGCCAAGGAGUUCGCGUUUUCCCAGGGCUUUGCCAGCUCCUACCAGGCGGUGCCCGGUUAUUUGGACAUGUCCGUGGUGCCGGCGCUCGGUGGCCACUCGGAGCCGCGGCACGACGCUUUGCUUCCCAUGGAAGGCUACCAGCACUGGGCUCUUUCCAACGGUUGGGACGGGCAAAUGUACUGCUCCAAAGAGCAAUCGCAAUCGGCGCAUCUCUGGAAAUCACCUUUCCCAGACGUGGUCCCUCUGCAACCCGAAGUGAGCAGCUACCGCAGGGGGCGGAAGAAAAGGGUCCCUUACACGAAAAUCCAGCUGAAAGAGCUGGAAAAAGAGUACGCAGCCAGCAAGUUCAUCACCAAAGAGAAGCGGAGGAGGAUUUCGGCCACCACCAACUUGUCCGAGCGACAAGUGACCAUCUGGUUCCAGAACCGGAGGGUCAAGGAGAAGAAGGUAGUGAGCAAAUCCAAGACAGCGCACCUCCAUGCAACCUGA